AUGCUAAACUUCAUCAUUCGAAUUAUGACGAGAGAGUUGCCUACCACGUUCUCUCUAUAUUUACUCCCAGCAGAUGUCCCUGAAAUAUUAACCCGUUUGAAAAGUCAUGGUUUAAAUGAUUUACAGUCAAGAAUGUUUACUGUGGCAAAAGAAUAUUUCUCUUUACCACGAGAUGAAAAAUUACUUUAUCCGAUAACAAAACAAAAUGAGGGCUACAUCAGCCUAGGUCAAGAGAAACUAGACACAGCAACUCAGCAAAAUCAGGCAGGACCAAAACUGUUGAUCAAUCAAAAGGAAUGUUACAAUAUUUUAAAACGGACAACGAAAAAUGAUGUACCAAUGGUACUACGAGAAAAUUUUCCUUUAUUAGAAGAGUUACGUUGGCGUUGUUAUUCCUUAUGCAUGCAACUCUUAAAAUAUUUGGCUACAGGUUUUGAAAUUAAUGAAAAUUAUUUUACCGACAACCAUGACUGGUCUGCCGACGGUGGUGAUUUACUUCAAUUACUUCAUAAUCCACCGACGGACAAAACAGCAAUACGCGCUGGCAUGCAUUCGGAUUACGGCUCAUUCACAUUAGUAUUUCAACGUGAAAAUGAAAGUGGUUUACAAGUGUUUGAUCAUCUCCAAAACGAAUGGUACAAUGUUGAGCCGUGUGAAGAUAUGUGCGUGGUAAAUACAGGGGAUAUGCUCGAAUAUUGGACAAACGGUUUCGUUAAAAGUACAAUACAUCGUGUCAUGCCUUUGAUAAACAAUCAAGAAAAAGAUCGAUAUUCAAUUGCAUUUUUUUCCAUAGCGAAUAAUCCUACUCUGUUGACACCAAUAAAAUCGAAAUUUCUCGUUAAAGAUUAUCAAAUGUACCAGAAAGAUGAGCACGCUAAAGAUAUAUUUGAUUAUGAAAAUCGAAAAAGUAUAACAGCCGGUGAACAUUUGCAAAUGAGAUUAAACAGAACAUAUAAAUAG